AUGGCGGACUACUGUAGUCUCUGCAAAAACCUGUUCAUCAGUGACCUUGUCGAGCUCUCCAAGCCCGUCUUCUCAAACCUCCUGCCGCACAACUCACGAUACUACCCUCACUACGAAAGGUUCGCCGACUUGGAACACAGUGCUGAGAAAGGAUGCAAAUUAUGUCAGCUCAUCGUGGACGGCUUCAAAGCGACAGCCUAUCCUGCACUUGGUGCGGGGGUCACGAUGCACUCGGCCCUACAACUUUUACCUAGUGACACAACAAGCGUCAAGUUGAGCAUCCACACGACUCACAUGCGAAACGCCCCGCAGAAGGUUGACGACGUCCAAGUGUUCGACACCCUGAUGGUUCAUGUUGGGCCGGGGCCGGAUGAUAGAUCCGUGUUGGACUUCGAUGAGCUGCAUGAGUGGCGGCUUGAGCUACUCCUCACAUUGACUACUUCUCGUGACUGCCCUGUAUAUGUCGGCAAACACCGCAUCGGCCGAUUCGACAUCGACAGAGAUCUUGACUCGCCCGAUACCUACCAACUGUCCCGAGGGUGGCUGGACGAUUGCCUAUCGUCCCAUCCUGAGUGCCGUCUCAACAAGCUGCCUAGGCUUCCUACUCGCGUACUCGAUAUUCAGGCCGAGGGUGCGUCUGAAGCAUGCCGGAUCGUCCAAUCCAUGGGCAGCACUGGGAAAUACGCCGCGCUCAGUCAUUGUUGGGGCGGCGUUAUUACACCGGUUCUCAGCGAAAAGACGAUUCGAGAUUUUUUGGAAGACCUUCCGGUCUCUCAGCUUGCCGCGAAUUUUCAGGAUACGGUGAAACUCGUUCGAGAGCUCGGGGUGCGGUAUCUGUGGAUCGAUUCCCUCUGUAUCCUCCAGGACUCGGCGUUGGAUUGGCAGGUCGAAUCGGCCACUAUGGCAGCUGUCUAUCAAAAUGCUGCGGUGACGAUAUACGCAUCAACGUCUCCCGGUAGCAAGCAUGGGAUAUUCCCGCGGAAAGAGUCAUCAGCCGGCAGCCCAAAGCCAAACAAAGUAAGCGUCCCGAUCUUUCCCCAUGGAGAUCCCAAGCAGUUCGUGGAAGUUCAGAUGCUGGAAGAGGUAGAAGACGAGGACCUCUGGAAGCUGGACGUCAUGUCUCCUUUGGCCAUCCGAGGCUGGUGUCUACAGGAGCUCAUCCUGUCACCACGGCGCCUCUUCUGCGGGAAGAAGCAGUUGUACUGGCAAUGCCUACACGGCUACGAGGCAGCCGAUGGCCUUCCUCGCAGCCCUGGCGUGCGUACAACGACGACCGAAUACCAGGAAAUCAUGAGGCAGAUCCAUUCAACCCGCAAGCCAUCUCGAGAGGAAAUACUAUCCGAGUACUACACGCUUGUCUCCAAAUAUUCGUACCGCAAGCUUUCCUAUGGUUCGGACAAGCUACUGGCCUUAACGGGACUCACAUCGCAGAUGCAUGCCGCCGUGGGAGGCGAGUAUAUCGCCGGGCUCUGGACUUGUGAUAUCACGUCUGGUCUCAUCUGGCGCUCGGUAGGGCCUUGUGCCACGCACUCAAAGGAGUACCGGGCACCGUCGUGGUCCUGGGCUGUGACAGAUGAGAAGAUAAUUUUUGGGUUCGCGGGAUUCCGGUCUCCCGGUAAAUGGGCUGCGGAGCUUGUCGACCACAAAGUUGAACUGGUAGAUCCCGUCAACCCGUAUGGCCAGGUCACUUCGGCUCAACUUACCAUCAGGGCACUAACAAAGCGCUUCGAACGGAGUGCCCAACGAGUGGCUCCCACUGACAACAUUCCGUAUCAUGAAGCUGGUACAAAGACGGCCGGCUACGCGACAGAAGAGGAGUGA